UUUCAAACCUGGUUCAAGCAAAGGGUCUGAGUCGGACCGCUGUGGGAAAGAUUCCACAGGAAUCCUUUAUUGAUCUUUGCUCAGUUACAGUUGGCCUGGAGUUUUGUUUCUGUAAGGCUGAGUGAGAGGUAAUUAUUCCUCCAACAACAGUUCCAUUACCCAUCUCCCGAAUGAAUAUAAACAAAGCGGAUCUCAACUCACGAGUUCAUCUGAUAAAUUCAAAAUGCACAGCAAGGGUAAUGGUUCAAUUGACUUGCGUACAAGAAUCUCUACAGUGGCGACUAGACGACUGUAAUUUGCAUUCCAUAUCGCCGUGACCACGGAGGCCCCUCGCUGCCACUUGUAGCCUGGCACACCCCAUUCUUCAUUCUUUCUCAUACUGUGGGCUAGAGGUUGUCUGACAGCUCACCUGCUCUAUCGUAAUAUCUGAGCUCUUCUAUGCUCAGAAUGCAAAUAGGAAACAAAAGAAAAGCUGGAGUCAAGCCACCAGUACUGGGUUUCAUGGAUGACUACUAUCUACUGAGCCAAAGUUGCCCCUUUACAUAGGCCCCCUCCAAACAGGCUUUUUGAAUUGCCGGAAAAUCACACCUAGGAGUGUUAUUGUUUCUUCUCUACAAGGAAGGUUCUGGCCUUACUGCUGCCUUGAAAGUCGCUUGCAAAUUCUCCUGUCCACAAGGGGGUGCCUUACUUCACCGCGCUCCCCUCCUGAUCUGUGCCAAAUGGCCAGCAGGUAACACAAGUGUGACACAUCCAGCAAGCCAGGGAGAGACUGAAAGACUGAUGAAUCAGACAUGCUGGAGAUGAAGACUCAAAGGCUGGAUGAUAACAGGCCUUAUGUGCCUCGCCGUCUUCAGCGCGUCGUGUCGUCACUCACGUUGCUCUGUGAUAGACGGUCACGACACCUGAGGCAUUUGGACAUCUGCCAGGAUUUAAUGGAAAAAAACUCCUUUUCCUCCUUCUGCUCUAAACACAUGGCUGCCUAACCAGUUUCAAAUGCAAUUUCUAUGUAGUCCUUAUCCACUCCAGCGCUUCUCUUCCUGUUGUUUUUAAUUUACCACCGCACACAUUUCUAUUAAUCUGAGGAAUGUCAAGCGCUUGAUCACAGAGCAGGGUGUUUCAUCCUGGAGACAAUUGCUGUCGCAUCGCCCAUACUUAUUCUCUGCUGCUGUCUCUCUGAAUGUGUAAUUUUUGCAAUGACUACAAAAAGAAGCUUCCCUGGUCACAUUGCACGUCAGUUUUCCUCCUCCUUCUGAAAACACUCCAAUAAAAGCAUCGAACUCUUCAACCCACUGAAUUUCUCUCUUGCUCUUAAACAAGAAAUCGUGCUGCUUAGCGGCGUCUUCCUAUAUAUUCAUUUAAAUGUCCUUUAGGCUAUCCUUACUAAUAAAUCCUAUUUAUUUUUUUAAAUCAACCUUUUUUCGAGAUUCUUCACUACAUGGCCCCCUCUACUUAAACGAUUACAUUUCUAUCUUUCGAUUGUGACCAGGGGGCAGAGCUCUGGAAUCAUUGUUAUGAGACCCACAGGAUGUCCUGAGGAAGAAGUCAGCGCAGAGUUGUACUCUAGCAUUCAGGGCCAGGGAGGUGCACUGCAGGGAGACUCGCAGGACUGUGAUAGUCUCCAAAAGGCUCACCUCAAACAUGGGUCGCCGCCCCAGCACCGAAGCCCAUGACACGUCUGUCCUCAUUCUUACGAUAGGAAUUAGUUAGUUAGCCGCGGCUAACUUUGACUAAAAUUGUUCUGCAAAUGGUGGAUCUAUUUGGAGUGACAUUUGAGGUAACUCCUGGUUACCGGCCAACACCAGGUGACAGAGUCAAAAGGCAUUAAUUUCAAGGAAGUGAACACAGAAAACAAAUCUGUAUUUGGCGAGAUAAACACAUCCAUUGACACUUUGGCUUUCACGUUCGGCAAUGUAGUUUCUGACUUCCUUAUGGGAGAUGUGGACAGCAGCCCAGGGUUGGGGGUCCCCCAGACCAGGAGAAGCAGGUCGUUUGACAACCUCUCUGUGGAUCCUGGGGUCUUUGUCUCAGAGAAAAGUGACCUUGUGGGCCCAGAGGUACCAUUGUCACGGGAGGAAGAAGUAGACUUGUCUUUGCUGAAGAAUGAUAGCGGCGUGGAGUCUGCUCUGCUCUAUGCUAAGGCCUCAUCCAAGUAUAUCAAAGACCUUCUGGCCUUGAUAGAGAAAAGACUGGCCAUGGAUAUUGAAUAUGCUAAAAACUAUGUCAAAAUGGCAGAAAAUGCAAAGACAAUAGCCAGUCAACAGGACUACAUGCCAUUCAGUGAAAUAUAUGUUUCCACAUUCAAGAAAGAUAUUGAAUACAACCAGCUCCUUCUUCAAGCUGCGAUGGCUCUUCAAACCAAUAAAUUUAUACAGCCUCUUCUGGCCCGCAAGAAUGAACUGGACAAGCUGAGAAAAGACAUCAAGGAGCAGUGGCAGAGGGAGCAGAAGAAAAUGCAAGAGGCAGAUGCGACCUUGCGUAAGGCAAGAACGCUGAAGGCCCAGAGGAAAGAGGAGUACCAGAAAGCCCACUCGUCUACUAAUCGCUCCCAGGAGGAGCAGUUUAAUAACGCUUCUAAUAAACAGCUGGAGAAGAAGAGGAGGCAGCAGGAAGAGGCUCUGCAGAAGGCGGAGGAGGCUCAGGACCAGUACCAGAGCUGCGUGGCUGAUGCUGGCAUCAGGAGAAUGGAUCUGACCAAUGCUAAACACACGAUCCUGACACAGAUCAGAGAGUUGGUCUACCAGUGUGACCUCACUCUUAAAGCUGUGACAGUGAACUGGUUUCAGAUGCAGCAUGCACAGAUUGUGUCGCUUCCUGCCCACUACCAGGCCCUUACUGACAAUGCUAAGUUGUACGAACCGGGGGACUGCCUUGCCGAGUUUGUCCGGAAUUUGCCCAAAAAUCUACCCAAGGAGCGUUUCCACUCGGACUCCGUCUCUUCUGAUAGCACAAGGUUUUUGUUCAAUAAAAGGUCAGUGGGCAGCACCCACUCUUCCCACGGCAACCUGUCGCAGAUAUCGGUCACCUCCGGCGACGUGCUGAGCGGCGACGAAGCGGAAAGUUCUCAUCAGCGACCGGCAAAGAUAAGCGAGCAGAGGUCCAACAGCAGCUCUGACAUCCGAGCACUGAGAAACCAGGCCCCUCUGAGAACCUGGGCGUCCAGUAGUCAGGGGAGUCAGGGUGGGAUGUGCAGUGACUCAGAGAGCGCCGGGGGCAGCAGUGAAUCGAGAUCUAUGGACUCGCCCACCGCCAGUCCAGGUGACUUUAAGCGACGGCUGCCCCGGACUCCUUCCACUGGGACUAUGUCUUCUGCUGAUGACUUGGAUGAGAGGGAGCCACCAUCACCUUUGGAUAAUGGUCUAGCAGAGAUGGUGACAGAGACAGCCAGUUCCCCCGGUCCCUUCCGAAACGCUCAGAUGUCCAAAGCUGCACAAACCCAUAAACUGAGAAAGCUGCGAGCUCCUUCUAAGUGCAGGGAGUGUGACAGUCUGGUCGUUUUCCAUGGAGCUGAGUGUGAGGAGUGCUCCCUUGCCUGCCAUAAGAAGUGUCUAGAAACACUUGCUAUCCAGUGUGGCCAUAAAAAGCUGCAAGGCAGACUACAUCUGUUUGGUAUCGACUUUGCUCAAGCAGCCAAGAACAGCCCAGAUGGUGUCCCCUUUAUCGUCAAGAAGUGCACAUCUGAGAUUGAGAGCCGUGCUCUUAACAUCAAGGGGAUUUAUCGUGUCAAUGGAGCCAAAUCGCGUGUCGAGAAACUCUGUCAGGCAUUUGAAAAUGGAAAGGACUUAGUUGAGCUGUCUGACCUUUCUCCUCAUGACAUCAGCAAUGUUCUCAAGCUCUAUCUGAGACAGUUGCCAGAACCACUGAUUCUGUAUCAAUUCUACAACGAGCUCAUUGGCUUGUCCAAAGAUUGUCAGCGAGUGAUUGUGGAGGAAGCUAAUCAAACCCUAAACAGCCAGAUGGAGGAGAAACAGGAGAAACGGGGUCCCAGUGUCCAUCUCAACAGAGUUCUCUUCAAGAUCCGAGAUCUGCUUCGCCAGUUGCCUGCAGCCAACUACAAGACUCUCCGCUACCUUGUAACCCACCUAAACAGAGUGGCAGAAAAGUCGGAAGAGAACAAGAUGACUGCCAGUAACCUGGGCAUUAUUUUUGGCCCCACGCUGGUGAAGCCGCGGCAGAUCGAUGCAGACGUGUCCUUGUCCUCGCUGGUGGACUACCCCUACCAGGCCCUGAUGGUGGAGCUGCUUGUGCAACACUUCAAAUCCGUCUUCGACCCGCCUCCCCUGCCUGGUUCUGACUUGGCCAUAACUGGCCAGUCAUCCCCCAAACUCACGGCCCUUGAGAAGGUGCAGCGGCUCAGCAGACACUCCACCUCUCUCACAGACAUCAAAGAGACUGCCAAAGCAUAUAAGCGAUACUCAUCAGUGAUCCUGCCAUCACGCAUGCUUAAUGAAGUGGAGGAGAUCCAGCCACGAACAGACGCAUCCAAGGUCUCUGCCCUCGAUAGACUCAAUGGGGUCCAGGCCUCUAGCGGUGGUGAAGUGCAGAGGUCAACAUUGGUGUUUGGUCGCCCCAGCACCACCAUCACAUCAACUACUAAUGUGGCGUCAAAGGUCCAGCUGCGCCCACCGCGCAACAGACAUGUGUCUCGACCUAUCAGCAUGCCACUGGAACGCCUGCCCACUCCCGCCCAGAUCAGCGAGAGGAAUAACCAGAACACCGCUGCCAAUGCUGAUAGCAGCUCUGCUGCCGAGCGGGACCGCGUUACCGAAACUAUACAGGAGACACCAGAGCCAGAGAGGGUUCGUCAGAGUGGCUCGUCCAGGGUUAGCACCUACUACAUCACGCCUUUUAUUGACACACAGACGAUGCAGAGAAAGACCUGGGACAGGAAGUACAAGCACUAUGACGUUACACCCAGGACUGCUAUGAUUGUGGCCAAUCUGCCACCUUCCAGUUCUGGAGUACCACCUAUGAAGGCCACAGUGCCUGUGACUGUUAACGCACCGGUGACCACAACGUCUGUGGCCGUUACCGCAAGUAGCGUGAGCACAAUAUUCUCCAACAGCCCUUACGCCGUGCCUGUCAAAGCUACCUGGGCUUCUAAAAGGGAAAGUUACUCCGAACGUUCAGCGGGUGAGUCGAGGAGCUCACACAACCUUCCUCUCACACUCAGGGCACCGAGGACUCUGCAGCCUCCGCCUGGAACCUUCUACAAGCCCCCUGGUUCCUUUAACGGCAGUGCUAGGACGCUUCUGAACGGCACUGCCGCUGUUAGCACCGCCAGCACCACCACUACCACCUCCUCACUCACGCCCAUCAGCUCUGCUCAGGUAGCCUCACCGCCCCCCACCCCCACAAGCCCCCCGCAGACACGGCUCCAGUCACAGGACUCCACUGACAGCGCCAUUGACCCUGGGGUCUCGACCUCUUCGACACUCUCACCCCCCCAGUCCCCACUCCCAAGCAGCCCAGACGACCUGAGCCCCACUGAGACCAAGCCCAUCUACCAAAGACAACGACCUUGGCGGCUGCAGGAAAUCGAGCACAGAGAGGCCCAUUUUGUCUGACACCAAAAAAGUUCCAUGUAAAAAAUGUGCCAAUAUGUAUAUAACAGGACAACAAGCUGAGAAAAUGGAGGCCUGUGGAAAAAACCAUGAAAGUGUUAUAUUGUUGUUGGUGUCAACAGUGGUUGGUGUAAGCUUCAAACAAAGGAAAUGCAGUGUGACGCCAAGAUGAAUGUUUCAGGUCACACAAACAAGGAAAUAUGUGUCAACCACAAAAAUGGAUUUCUAUCUUUAUAGAAUCAUAAACCUAUCAUUUUCUUUGUUCAGUGUUGAUUUGUUAUAAAAUUAUAUUUUAUUGUAGUCACACAAUGCACUUAACGCAGGUUCAAGUUCAGAUGUUCUUAAAAUAUGCUCAGACAUGUAUUUUAUUCCUCAAGGAAUUGAAGUAUUUUUAACAAGAGGUUCUUAAUUAUAAAGAAUUCUAUCUUUUAACAUGUUCAUUGUAGCCUGUGAUUGGUACAUCUCCCUCAGUAUUCAAGCCUUAUGUAUCAGUUUACGUUUUUGUACUUGUUCAUGAAUACUGCAUGAUAUUUGCAAGUAAGUUUGAUUUAUGGCAGUAUUUCGACCAUUCAGAACAAAUAUAACGUGCAACAGUUGCUGCAAAUUAAAAAUCUAGAUUAAACUGUU